CCAUUUCUUCUUAACUUCCUCCGUCGACCGGUGCACGGCGCUGACGGCGUUGACCGCAACACAAACUCUCUGCCACUCCAUGCGCUUCCGCCCGGUGCUGACGCCCAUGCUCGCGCCGUUAAACAAUAUUCUGCGUCUCCUCUCCACCUCCUUUACAAGAACCUGAAUUUCACACUCGGCAAAAUUCUUCUUUUUACGCCUCUGCUUUGAUAAUACCAUUUUCUCACCGAAAGCGGUUUACAGUAUUGCCGCAGAUGGUUAAUCGCGGGGGCCGUGCAUGUGCACUCAAUUUUCAGCGAAAGGUUUUUUCAUAACGGCACAAUUUCUUACAUGUGUGCGAAAGAACGGGUUUGCAACUUAAAUCAGAACUUCAGUAUUACAAUCUACGAAAGAGUUUAACUCUACGGAGAUGUGGGCCCCGGUAACUAAAGUCUGGAAAACCAAGUUCUUCUUUCUUGCGCACGCACAUUUCAAGCGCCGAUUCUAAAAGUUAAGGUUCCCGACUGUUAAUUGUAUUACAGUGCACAACUACAAAGCACAAGGUAACGUUAGACUACGUCCACUUGCUAAAACCCGCAAGCUACGAAUAUGAACCCUGAACUCUUAAGAUUUUGUGUAUAGUUGUUCGAUACGUAUUUCGCUAAACGGAUACUAUACUUUUCCCCCAUUCGCUAUAUAGCCCUACCUCAUUUUUGGCCGCCCAAAAAUGUGAAAAUCAGCGGCCCAUAUCAUAUACCGCCCGGGACACGGUACUUAGCAACGACAGACCUGUUGUUUGAUGUUUUUAUUUGUUGGGCUACAUAUGAUGACGACAUCAAGAAGCGACGGAAAGGGUUGACGUUAACGCGUUUAAUCUGCCGGAAGUGGCUGAGAAGCUGCUGAAGUUGACUACUCUUGAGGAAUUUGUGCCAGACUGCCAUCAUUUAAGGAGCCGAACAACCAGGACACCCUUUUUUUGUGGUUCGGGGCCUUUUCAAAAAUCCAAACGAUGCAUGGCAGAGUGAAGCUGAAGUCGACUGCACAGCAGGAGGAGGAGAAGAGGAAAGAGAGGGAGAAGAAGCUCAAAGUGUACGUGGCGGCUCGAGACGCCUGCUUUAGCAAGAGGAAGGAGGGCACCAUGGAUGAUGAAGGCUUGCAGAUCACUCAGCAGCUUCUGUCCUCGAACCCGGACUUCGCCACGCUGUGGAACUACAGGAGAGAGAUCCUGCAGCACCAGGAGACUGUCAGGCCGGAGGACGAGGUGCAGAAGCUGUAUGAGGAGGAGCUGUCCUUCCUAGAGGGCUGUCUGAAAGUGAACCCAAAGUCGUACGGGAGCUGGCACCACCGGGGCUGGGUGUCCGGGCGCAUCCCCCGGCCCGACUGGGCCCGAGAGCUGGGCCUGUGCGACCGCUGCCUGGGGCUCGACGACCGCAACUUUCACUGCUGGGACUACCGCAGGAUGGUUGUGAAGCUCUCUGGUGUUCCGGUGGAUCAGGAGCUGCAGUUCACUGACCGGCUCAUCGGCUCAAACUUCUCCAACUACUCCAGCUGGCACUACAGGAGCACCCUGCUGCCCCUGCUGCACCCCCAGCCCCCCCCCCGGGACCCCCCGUCCGCCUCACCCCCCUCCCCCAACACACACUCACACCGCGUCUGUGAGGAGCAGCUGCUGAAAGAGUAUGAGCUGGUGCAGAAUGCCUUCUUCACCGACCCCAAUGACCAGAGUGCCUGGUUCUACUACCGAUGGCUACUCGGCAGAGCUGAGCGGGAGGAGAUGAUCAGCUGUGUGUAUGUUAGCAGAGAGGGAGAGAGGGUCAUCGUGGCUUUCUCCAGACCUGUGAACGCCCUCUCCGCGGGGCUGCUGCUGGUGGUGGAUGGGCAGCCCCUGACUGUGGACUGGAGGAGCACUCACCCACGAUUCCACCACAGCCCCGUCUGGAUCUGUCAGCUCCCACCUGGGACCAUCAGUGACUCCAGUAACGAGCACAACCUGACCGUGCACUGGACCCAGAACCACACGCACAGGGACUGUGCUCUUUACACAGGUCGAUCGGAGAGCUGGUGCAGGGAUUCUGCCACUGAUCAAGAGCUUUUCAGGAGCGAGCUCUCUGUGGAGAAGGCCUCAGUGCUGCAGUCAGAGCUGCAGUCCUGCACUCAGCUCCUGGAGCUGGAGCCUCAGAACAAGUGGUGCGUCCUGACCAUAGUUCUCCUGAUGAGGGCGCUGGAUCCGCUGGGUUAUGAGGGGGAAACGCUGGCUCACUUUGAGACACUGAAGGAAGUGGACUCCAUGCGUUCCUGUUACUAUAGCGACCUGUGCAGUAAGUUUAUGAUGGAGAACACCAUCCUCAAGAUGGAGUAUGCAGAGGUCAGAGUCUUCAGUCUGUCUGGAAAGAAUCUGACAACCCUCUGCCACCUGGACCAGCUGCUAUUGGUCACUCAUAUAAACCUCUCCUCCAAUCAGCUGAAGGCCCUGCCCCCUCAGUUUGCCAUGCUGCAGUGCCUGGAGGUGCUGGAAGCCGAUGACAACGCGAUUGAGAAUCUUUACGGACUGUACCACUUACCCCGUCUGGGGGAGGUGUCGCUGAGGAACAACCAAAUCUCCCGGCUCUCUGAGCUGAAGCCCCUGACCACCUGCCCCCAACUGACCCGCCUUGAUCUCCGUGGAAACCCCGUCGCCCGGACCGCCAACCUCCAAUCAGAGCUGGCCGAGCUGUUGCCCUCGGUCACCGACCUUCUGCUAUGAAGGGGCGGAGUCUAGGCAGCGGCUACAGUCCCGGGGGGGGGGGGGGGGGGGGCUGGGUGUGUUUUGUCUGUAAUUUUGUGGUUAUUUAUUCGUGUUGGGCAGUUAAAGGUACCCAGAGAUUCUCUGUCCCUGUCACAAACCCACACCUGUGUGUGAGGGGCUACCUUUCUGUGCGUGUGUGAGUGUGUGUGUGUGUGUGUGUGUGUGUGUGUCUGUGUAUGUAUGUGUGUUUGCUGUGUGUGUGUGUUUGCUGUGUGCGUGUGUGGUGCAUGUGUGUGUGCGCGUGUGUGUCUGGUGUGCAUGUUUGGUGCGUGUUUGGUGUGUGCGUGUUUGGUAUGUAUGUGUGUUGCUUUAGUUUGCUGCAUCAUCUUGUCAUGGUUAUUCUCAUCUCACGCAUACAACAUCACAGACACAUAAAACCUUGUGCACAAAAACACACACAUACACACCCACACACACACACGCACACACACACUCACACACAGUGGGGUCCUAAAGACCACAGUGAAAAUCUGGGAGAUAUUUUUCAUUUAAUCCUGGAAAUAAACAGAAAGUUUUAGGAUUAUGAAAAACCUAAAACAAAUUACCUUACUUCAAAGCAUUGCAAGAACUACUUGAAGGAGAGAACCAGCACAAUCCACAAUCACCUGACCUCAACCCCAUUGGACAUUUAUGGGAGCACUUGAGAGACUGACAAAAGCCAAGCAUUCAGUAACAUCACAAGAUGCUCUUUGGAAUAUUGUUAGAUAAUGCACAAGGGCCACUAAAAAUGCACACACACACACAGACACACACACACACACACACACACUCUCACUCACCAGUACAGUGUUGGAAUGGGCUGGAGUGUGGGUCGGGGGUCUGCAGUAAGAGCCUGAGAAAAGGGGGCGUGGGUAUAAAAAUAAUGUGGAGGUGGCUGAGCUGUGAUUGGGCGAGUGUGGAGGUGGCUGAGCUGUGAUUGGGCGAGUGUGGAGGUGGCUGAGCUGUGAUUUGACGAGACGGUUGUACAUUAAGGCUUGUAAAAGAACUCCACCCUGUGCCAAUAAAGCAGCAUCUCUGUGCCA